AUGGUUAUGGAUAAAAGGAAUGUUCUUUGUGUUGCUGAAAAGCAUGAUGCUGCUAAAAAUAUUGCCAAAUUUUUGUCAAAUGGAUCAGCUAGAACAGUUAAAGGAAAAGGCCCUUACAUUUACAAUUUUCUAUUUGAUGCAAGAUUUCUAAAUGGCAGUUUCAAUUUUGUUUUUACCAGUGUUCGAGGGCAUUUGAUGAACUUUUAUUUUCAUCCGAGGCAUAAAGUUUGGAUUGAAAAUCAAAUUUAUGAUUUGUUCGAUGGUGAAAUUCUGCAAUCUGUUAUGCCGGAUAUGAAACCGGUUGAAGAAAAUUUGAGAGAUGAAGCUAAAAAAGCAAAUGUUCUUAUAAUUUGGACUGAUUGUGAUAGGGAAGGUGAACAUAUUGGAAAUGAAAUUUCCCAAACUUGUCUUAACGCCAACAAAAAUCUACGCGUUUUAAGGGCAAGAUUUUCCGAAAUAACUCAACAGUCGGUUACAAGAGCAAUGCAGAAUCUCCAAGUAAUUGAUCGAAAUAAAGUGUCUGCUGUUGAUUGUAGAAUGGAAUUGGAUUUGAGAAUAGGGGCGGCAUUUACUCGACUUCAAACAAUUUCUAUUCGAAAAAAUGGAUUGCAUACAUAUUUAAACAAUGGGGAAGAAUUUGAAAACAAACAAGUCGUUAGUUAUGGAAGUUGUCAGUUCCCUACUUUAGGUUUUGUUGUUCAUCGCUACAAAGAACACACAAGUUUUGUUAGUCAACAAUUUUGGAAAUUGGUUGGUACUGAUGGAAAUAAUAAAGGAUUCAUUUUUGUUUGGGAAAGAGAAGGUCUUUCUAUUCAUAUUUUUGAUGAAAGUGUUGUACAGGCAUUAAAAUCAGCAUGUAAUUCUUCAAACAAACCUGCAAUAGUUAAAGAAAUUGUCCAGAAGCCAAAAAGCAAAUGGAGGCCGCAACCAUUAGACACAAUCCAACUGGAGAGAUUAGGCAGUAGAUUUCUUAGAGUAAGUGCCAAACAAAUAUUGUCUUCAGCUGAAAGAUUAUACCAAAAUGGAUUCGUUUCCUACCCCAGGUAUAUUUUUUGUUUAAAUUUUAAAAUCAGAAAAGGAUUGAAAAUUAAUCUUUCAUUUCUUGAUCGCAUUAAUAAUUUAAUAAUUUCCUUCCUUUUCAGAACAGAAACUAAUUGUUAUUCAAAUGAAUUUGACUUGGCAACUAUUGUGCAGUCACUUACUCAAAACAACCAGUGGGGACAAUUUGCAGCAGAAAUUCAACAGCGAGGUGGGCCCAAACCUCGUAAUGGGACUAAAAAUGAUCAAGCUCACCCACCUAUUCAUCCUGUCAAAAAUGCAACACGAACUGAAAUCACCAGUAAUGAGGAUUGGAAUGUUUAUGAAUUUAUUUGUCGCCAUUUCCUUGCCUCCGUAUCUCGAGAUGCAACUGGAAAUGAAACGAAAGUUAAAGUUGAACUUGCUGAUGAAAUAUUCGUAACAACUGGCUUAAUUAUCGAAGACAUGGGAUACUUGAACGUUUAUCGUUAUGAAAAUUGGAAAGAUAAAAAUAUUCCUGCUUAUCGUCAAGGACAAAUUUUGCCUAAAUUUAGUGUAGAUAUAAAUAAUGGAUUUACAGAGCCACCACCUUUACUAACUGAAGCUGAUUUAAUUGCUUUAAUGGACAAAAAAGGAAUCGGAACUGAUGCAACACAUGCAGAACAUAUUGAAACAAUAAAAAAGCGGUGGUAUAUUAUUCAAAGGCCAGAUCGGCGAUUUGAACCAACCAAACUUGGAAUUUCUUUGGUUGAUGCAUAUGAAAAAAUGGAGCACAUGUAUAAAUUGAGUAGGCCUGAUCUUAGAGCAAUUUUAGAAGCAGAUUUGGAAAAAAUAUGUCGAGGUAUUUUUUUGACUUAUUUUUUGGUUUAUUCGUGACAAGUUAUUCUGAUUUUACAAAUGUUCAGUUUUUUUUAGCGGGGUCAACCCUGGGGAACUACAAAUUUUGAAAGGUAAUAUUGAGGGAUUAAUGUGUUCUUCAGGAAUUCUUUAGGGGUGGAUUUCCUUUUAAAGUUUUUCAAACAACCAAGCUAAAUUUUACCCUUGGGAUAAAUUGUCACGUUUACAAAAAUUUAAUAUUUUUAUACAAAUCAGGUACAAAAUCAAAGGAUUUGGUUCUUAAAGAACAAUUAAAGAUUUACAAAGAUAUUUACCGGUCGACUGAAAUGAAGAUUAAUUUACUUAUUCAAGCUCUCAGGGAAAAUGGAAUUGAGAAUC